ACACGUGACGAGAGCGCCGGGGGCAGGCCGGGUCCGACCCGGAGCGGGCGAAGACACCUCUCCGAAGCGAGAAGGAAAAGGGGAAGGAGGGAGCGCGUAACCGCCGUCCUCCCUCAUUGGCUGACAAGCGCGCACAUGCGCACAACCGACGAGGGGCUGGCUGAACCAAACCUGGAAGGUCCUCAGCUAGCGGCCAGAGAACCCUGUUGGGGGUGGGGGUGGGGAAAACGCCGCGAGGAGGAAGUGACGUCACCGCGGCGGCCGUGCCCGGUCGCUUUUUCCCUAGAACGUAGGCGAGAAGUGCGGGCCGCUGUGCACCACCCCUUUUCCACGGAGCCUGAGUGGGAGGGGUCGCCGAGCUCCCCGGUUCAACCCGAACGAACGAGCGAACGAAGGGACGAACCCCGGUCGCGAGGCCUCGCCAUGCCGCUCCCCGUGGCCCUGCAAUCCCGCCUGGCCAAGCGCGGCAUCCUCAAACACAUGGAGCCCGAGCCAGAGGAAGAGAUCAUCGCUGAAGACUAUGACGACGACCCUGUGGACUACGAGGGCACCAGGAUUGAGGGUCUGCCGCCCAACUGGUACAAGGUGUUCGACCCAGUCUGCGGCCUACCUUACUAUUGGAACGUGGAGACAGAUCUUGUGUCCUGGCUGAACCCCCACGAUCCCAGCUCGGUCAUCACCAAGGCAGCCAAGAAACUCAGAAGCAACUUGGAUCCAGAAGAUAAGCUGGACCGUGGCUAUGACAAGCUGGAAAGGGAGGAAAUGAAGGAACGACGUUACCACCGGAGGGAAGAGUUGGCCCCCUACCCCAAGAGCAAGAAAGCCAGCCGCAAGGAUGAAGAAUUAGACCCUAUGGACCCUAGUGCCUAUUCAGAUGCUCCUCGAGGGACAUGGUCUACAGGUCUCCCCAAGCGGAAUGAGGCGAAGACAGGGGCCGACACAACAGCAGCUGGGCCCCUGUUCCAGCAACGGCCAUACCCCUCCCCAGGGGCAGUGCUUCGGGCCAAUGCUGAGGCCUCACGGGCCAAACAGCAAGACUAAGACUGAGCCCACCCUCUCCCCCAGGCCUCCCCAAGCCUCAUGUUCACAAUAAAGUAUUUUCCUUUCAA